AUGCCUGCUAUUCGCAACAUAAAAAAUCGUCCAACCCCAGCCGACCUUGCUUGGUUCAGAUCUCUAGAUGCCCGCUCCAAGUCGGAGGUUUUUCCUUUCCCCAUGUCCGAACGUCACCACCCAUGUGUUAGAGCCGGCAUAGAGCAGUGCUACACUUGCAAUAAGUUUGGACACAGUCGAAUGAAUGGGAAGCCUUGCACUAGCCGUGUGAAGGCGGGCGGUGCUCUUUUCAAAGAUUGGCGUCGAACGGUUAAUGGCUUGUCUUACAGCAAGGACAAGCUCAACAUGAAACCUGAGGACCUUGCGCGUGCAAGUCUUGCAGACGCAAAUCCAGGUUCUUCAUUUACGAUAUCAACCAUAUCAGGACUUCCGCAUUACAACCCCAGGCCCUCCGACGCGGACCUAUCAUCAGCACGCCCUGCGUUUGGACUCUUUGGUCUUGGAACUACAAACGACCCCCAGGUAGUUGGACGUUCGGUUUGAUAUAAAUCACGCCCGACCUGUGGCUUUUGUGAUCCAAGAAAACACCGGUGUGAUUCCAUUUAGGUCCUCGAUCAAUCAUCCACCGCUUUCUCUUUAUCCGGCUUCUUGGUUUCAUAUCAUCCACCCCUUUCUCUUUAUCCGGCAUCUUGGUUUCAUUCAUUUUGAUUUUGAUUGAUUCGACUUUUGACCAUACAUACCUCUUAUAUCUCAACUCUUCCUGAAACAAUAUUCAUCUCUUAUCUACAUGCCAACUACGAUGGAUGCCACAGGCAAGGCUCCCCGCAGAACCCGUCGCACUAGGGCACAAAUCGAGGAGGACUUGUUGGCCUCAGGAAUACCCUCUUCCAAUCGAGCAACGCCUUCAGCCGUGAAAAGAUCCCGACUGGCUGCCCAAAAACGCGCACGCGCCGCAUCAGAGGUGGCCUCAGCGAAACAAACUCGAGAUAGUCCGGCGUUCCAACUAGUGGAUUACCAAACGAUUGUUGCAUACCUUGGUCGACCGAAUAUCUGUAAUGCUCUUUUUGGAGGGGGAAGCCAGACUAGGGUAUCUGGACUGCCGAUGAAUCCACAGACUAUUUUAAAUUCGCUCGCGAUCAAACUGAACAACAAUUAUAACAUUCGCAACAAUUCGACAG